ACGAUUCAUGAGUUACUCGUAUGGUGGCGGGGGCUACGGCGGCGGGGGCUAUGGCCAGGGUCCUUCCAACUUUUCUGGUGAUGUAGGGGCCUACGCAGCCCAAGUGCAGCAUGGCCAGCACUUCGGCCACCACCCUACGCCCCUCCAGGCUGUGGCCCUCCCCGACGUCUUCACCGAAGCCGAGAUGGCCCGCACAUUACGACGCAACAAUGGGGACGUGAUGCGUGCGGCCCUACAACUCAAACAAAAGCACGCGUUCCGGACGGAAAUGCACUACCAGGAACUCAACGUGGGACUCCCCACUCUACAAGAAGAACUACGCAAAGGCUACGCGCAUUUACUGGACGGGGCUGCGGACUCAGAGCGCUGUCCCGUGUUAUUACUGCAGCUCCAGCACUUCAAACCAGGAUUCGGAGAUGGUCAUAAGCUGCAGCGUCAAGGCCGCGGAGCGGCCGACGGGUCGGCCGUCAGCUCUCUAGAAGAUGCACGCAGACUAUGCGUGUACCUCAUGGACUUGGCCGUCGAGCUCAUGGAAGAACGAACCGCCCCGGGCAUCGUGUUUAUUGUAGACGUGGCCAACUGCACACUGGCCAACCUGGAGGCCAAGAUGGUCACAGAUAUAUUACAAGUCUGUAAGAACUGGUACCCAGAAGUGGUCAAGCGGAUUUUAGUAGUCAACAGCUCGGCCUUUACCAAAGUGUUGACAAUGUUACUGGCCAAGUUACUAGGAGCGCGUACCCAGCAGAGAAUCCGAGUCAUGGGAGAUCCACGAGAACUUAACAUGAUGCUGCCUCCUCCGGCCAUUCCUCAAUGUUACGGAGGAAGUUACCAAAUGAUACAUCCCAAUAUGUGGAUGAAGAAGCAGGCCGAGCUGGAAGACGUCGAUCUCGAUGCGGCCUACAGUGUCCAUGAUGAGGCCGAGGAAGAAGACAAAGGAUACGGCCUGGAAGAGCGUGAAGUGGACCCCAACGAGAGUCUGAACGGCAUGCAGUACGCCAAUGUGAGUGCUGUGAAUGCCGCUGAGAUGCCUAAUAGCGUUCUGCGGGGCCCUUUAAUGAGGAAGAAGAUGGACGGCGUGUGGGGCAAACACUUCGCAUUGUUACGGCCCGAAGCCGUGCUGUUGUACGAGAAUGUUACCGGUGUACGGCCACUUAUUAUCAUUCCGGUAAACUACGAGGUGCGUGUGGUGGCCGCGCCAUUUCCGGAUAAACCCAAGAGCUGCGGGUUCCGAAUCGAGGUCCCUGGAGUUGUCGGUGGCCAUGAACUAGUCGCUACGAGUGAACAAGAGCGUGGGAAUUGGCUGCAAGAAUUGCAGUGGGCCAUCGACAAUAACAAGGAAAAACUGGAACGUCGAGAAGAACGAGAAGAACGUCGAGCCAAGAUUCAUCGCGACUUUGAUGCGCUCGAUAUGAUCAACUUUGACGUCGAUCUACCGGCGCCUCAACCUGUUAAAAGUGAUAUUGGAACCUCUGCAGUGAUGCAACAACAGGUGCGAUCUCCUCAGCCUGUUGGAAUGCCAAUGCCCGUCCCCAUGUCAAGGAAUACAAGCACGAUGGGGAUGAUGCAACCGAUGUCGAUGGCCAUGUCGCCUCAGUCGAUGUCUAUGGGGAUGCAGUCUCAGCCGAUGAGCUUCGGAGCACAGCAACCGAUGAGUAUGGGAGGCCAGCAACAGAUGAUGCAGCAGAUGGGCUAUGGAAUGCAACAACCGAUGGGGAUGCAACAAGGAAUGAUGAACAUGCAGCCUUUGAUGGGGAUGCAACCGAUGCAAAUGGGGAUGCAACAACGACCAAUGCAAAUGCCGAUGACUGGGCAGCACGGAAUGAAUGUGCCUACACCGUCGGGCUACCAACUUAACUCGAAGUCACUCCAGGAACAGCUACUUAAUAAUUUUCGUGGCUAGAUGUGAUGAAGGUGCGAGUCGAGUGGAGAAGGCAAUAAAAUAUAUGAGCUCUUU